GUAUCCACCAAGCUUUUGUUCAACAAUUCGUCCUCAAAGCAAACUCGGGGGUUGAUGCUGUGAUAAAGCCACGUGGAAGGAAGCGGAGCGCAGAGUAACACAGCGCAAAGACAAGGCUUCCAACAUGCCACUGCACUUGCUGGGAAAGAAAUCAUGGAACGUAUAUAAUGCUGAUAACAUUGCGCGUGUCCGCCAAGAUGAAGCCGCGGCCAGGGAUGCGGAGGCUGCAGAAGAGCAGCGCAUGCAAGAGAUUGACAGUGAGCGACGUAUAGCGAUUCUACGUGGCGAGGCUCCUCCUCCAUUGGAAGAGGGCGAACAGCAUGACGAACCAGCAAGUUCGCAGGGCUCGCGUAACCACACUUCACGGAGGAGGGAGCGAAAACGGUACGGCGAAGAUGACACAGAUUUCGAGAUACGGCUAGCAAGCACUAGGACGUCUUCUAGUGACCAGCAACUACAAGAACGACGCCAACCAUCACAAUCUGCAUUUGUCACCAAUCACGCGCCGAAUGGAGAGACACCGAGUUCUGAUAAGAAUGAAAGAGGCAAAGGCGUUGAAGGCGAUGACCUGUUGAAUAUGCGAUUUUCAAACGCUGCUGGAAAACAGGGAAGUUUAACGCCGUGGUAUUCACGCUCCGAUGCAAGCAAUGUAGACACUGUAUCCAAGGAUGCAUUUGGCAGAGAUGACCCCAAACGAAAGGAACGGGAUACUGCUCGUCUGAAUUCGAACGACCCUUUGGCGAUGAUGAAGAGAGGUGCAGCAAGAGUACGCGAACUCAAACAGGAAAGAAGAGCAUUUGAAGACGAGCGCCAGAUGGAACUGAAGGAACUUCGCCAAAAUGAUAGGCAUCGCGAGAAGCCCCGCGAAAAGACUCGGCGCGAACAUCGCCGCAGGUCUAGGUCACCGCGAUCUGAGGAUCGUAAACAUAGAUCGCACCAUAGGCGACGGCCCAGAGAUCGCGGCUCUUCAUCUGCGAGAGCGAAUGAUGGCCAUAGUAGCCGAAGAGAGCAUCAUGAGCGGUGACUAUCAUGAUAUCAGAUGAUGUGUUAAUAUGUUGUAUUUUCUAUAUUUAUUUAGAUACCCAUCAGACUUCAUUGCAUUAUACCAAGGUAUAUCCUCCAAAAACGUCCUUGCAUCUUCAAUGUUUCAUUGUUUUGUCCACGGCAACUUGAUUUCAACUGGCUUCAUAUCUUUGUUGACCAUAUCAACAAGGCCCUUAGCCCCAAUCUUUGUCAAGGCUUCAGAGAUUUUGCUGUAGGUCUCACUAGAGAUACCUUCCUCCUUGUCGCAGUAGACAUCAAGCCCCUCGGAAGUGAAGACGGUUGGCGCAAACCAUGUCACAGCCCACCGUUCUGUCUCGCCGCUCGGUAGCUUGACUUCACCAGAUCCUAGAAGCUCCCAGUGGCUAGUCACAAAGAAAAGCCAACCCUUGCCCCUCCAGUUCCAACUGCCAUCCGCAGCCUGGGUGUCCACGCCCUCAACUUUACUCAAGACGCCGGUCUUUUUUAUCGGUUCGUAUUCGACAAGGUCGUCGAUUCGUGCGCGACCAUCACUUUUAGCCGGGAGGCGCUUAUAGCUAAUUCGGACGUUUCUCGCCGACCUCCACAUGGACAGCGUGGAAUGUGUGACCGUCCAGGUUCGCUCGAGCCAUUCGAUCGAGGGAGUCUUCGGUUGUGUGGCGGGCGCACUCGCCGACGCGUCCUUAGACGCGUAUUUCGAGGGCAAAGCGAGGGUAAAGGUGUCUAGCUCUGACAUUUGGCGGUGUGUGUUGUGAACAAUACCAAUGAUCCUACAUGGCGGAAAUGAAGCAUAUAGCUUAGCUAUCCUGAGACCCAGUAGGUACUCCGGAUCGCACAGUUACCGAACACAGUGCGGUUUACAAUUUUGUUCACUUCACAACCAGGCAGUCAAAGAAAGGAUAAAUAUUGUAGAUAAAACAUAUC